GCUGACCUGGCGUCCGUCUCUUUUGCAACUAGCACAUACACCUACUCUCACCCUCGUUUACAGCCUGCACACUACCGCGCGUACCAGCGACCUUUGCACUCCGUCGCCGACCGCAACCGCCGCCCCCGCCCCCGCCGCCGACGCCGCGCCACCGUCCCUCAUUCCCCAGGCCAUCUCAUUUUCCACACCAUGAGCUCGGGUUCGUCCCGGCCGACCUCGGUCCGCGGGCUGUACACGCCGCCAGCGGAAGAAUGGGUCUUCCUCCCUCCGACCGUGUCGCCGCCAGCCACGGCGCAGGCGCAGCAUUCGCCGCCCGCGCACAACCCGACGCCGUUCACCCCCGAGGACGACGACCUCGCCGACCUCGGCCUCCCGGGCCCGGUGCAGCUCUUCGGGAGCCAGUUCUUCAUCACGGCCCUCGGCAUGCCCUUCGAGGUCGGAAAAACGCUCCUCCAGGUCGAGUACCGCCCGAGAAAAAAGUACGCGCCGGCCGAAGUGAGCGCAGAGCACGAGCGCGAGGCGAGCCGCGACUGGGGAGCCGAGGACGACACGCUCAACAACCCUGACGAGGCAGACGUCUACUUUUCUGACCGGCUCGUCGCGCCCACCGGCAACUUUGUGCCCCCUCCGCCGCCCAAGUCGGCCGACGCGUCAGGCUACCUCGAGGACACCUCGCCGACCUGGCUCCUGAAAGACGACCCAGACAUCUCGCGCGGUAACGGGGUCUGGGGCAUGAUCCGCCGCGUGCGCGCCACGGCGUCCGAGGGCCUGCCCGCGCUGUGGAAGGGCCAGGUGGUCGCGACGCUGCACGGCGUGCUGUCGACCGUGCUCCAGCCGCGGAUCCACUCGCUCGUCUUCUCGGCCGUGCCGUCGUCUGGCGCGCCGCUGCCCCUCGACUUUCCUCUCACGGCGCUGCCGCACCCCGGCGUGCCCCUCGUGCUGCAGGUCACGUCGCACGCACUCACGCAGUUCCUGCUCUCGCCGCUCGAGCUCGUCAAGACGCGCCUGAUCGUCAGCCCGGGCAGCCUGCCCAGCACGCCGAGCAGCGUCACGCUCCUGCGCCGUGCGAUCCGCGACGAGGGCGGCUUCACGGGCCUGUACCUCGCCCCCAACGUCCUCAUUCCCACGCUGCUCGAAGUGGUCCUCAAGCCGCUGUUGAGCCUGUCGAUCCCGCUCGUGCUCGAGCGCCAGUUUGGCAUCUCGCCCGACAUCUCCCCGCUGACGUACUCGCUCGCCGAUGUCGCGCUCAACAUUGCCUCGCUGCUCGUCAUCCUGCCGGUCGAAACGGUCCGCAAACGUCUCCAGCUCCAGAGCCGCGCGCCGGGCGGCAAGAAGACGCGCUCGGUCGUGCGUCUCCGUGACCGUGACUAUGUCGGUGUGGUCGAGGCCAUCUGGCGCAUCAUCACCGAGGAGACGGCCGCGCCCAGGAAGCGCAGGAUGACGGAGAAGGACGAGGGAGGCAUGUUCUCGGGCAUCUGCCAGCUGUACCGUGGGUUUGGCAUGGCCGUCAGCUCGCACGUCACCGUCUUUGCCCUUCAGCUCGUCACUGCCGGUCUCGGCGGCGGUGGCAGGCACGACUCGGGAUGGCAGGAGAUUUAAACUGUAUGAGUAUAUGCAUGUUGGGAGCACACCCGUCUAAUCUACAA